AUGCUCUGCAACAAGGGCGUUCAAGCAGUCGUGCAAGCGUCUCCUGACGGAGUUCCUGUCGAAGUUCGCCAGGUUUCAAAGGAGCGCGACCUGACGGGGCCCGAGGCCAUGCAGCAGCUGCUCGAGAUGCGCCGGGCCGCGGCCAGCGUCACCGGCGGCGUGGGGCUCCGCGGCGGCGAGGACGAAUACGCGCCUGGUCUCCAGCUGGCGCCAGCCAAGGUUGCAGGGCCGUCUGCGUCGGCCGGGACAUGCCGGCCUGCCACGCCGCGCUGCGUGGCGCGUGGGCCGGCAGCUGGAGCCAUUGUGCCGUGGAUGCUGGUCGCGCAGGGCGGCCUGGUGGCGACGAGCGGCGGGCGGUUGCCGUUCGACCGCGGGGAGAGCCCGGCCGGUCCUUGGCCGCCGGCCGUGGCGGGCAUCGCUCACGCGGGCCCCACCGCACCCCCGCGCGGCCCGACGGACGACUUCGCGGUCCGACCAGCUCAGGGCCCCCGCGGGCCGCUGCAGAUCCGGCUGGCGGAAGGGGACUUCGAGGUUGAUGAGUUGGCAGCGGCGAGGCAGCCGGCAGCCGGGCCAACGGGGGCGAGGGGCCGCGCGGAGAGCGACGAGCUGAAGUGCGGGCGGGCGUGGAGCUUGGCGGCAUAG